AAAGGGCAUAAAUCCCUGCUAGAAGCUUAAAAGACACUUUUAUAAGUUUUUUUUCCACAAUAUAAACUUUGCUUAUAUGGCUGAAGAAGUGAAGCUUUUUGGUGCCUGGGGAAGCGCUUUUAGCCUCAGAGUAGAUAUCGCUCUGAAAUUGAAAGGCAUUAAUUACGAAUACCAUGAAGAAGACCUGUUCAACAAGAGUUCGUUGCUCAUCAAAUACAACCCAAUUCACAAGAAGGUUCCGGUGCUCGUCCACCACGACAAGCCCUUAGCAGAGUCCCAAGUUAUUCUCGAAUACAUAGACGAGACCUGGGAAAACUAUCCCAUUUUGCCAAAAGACCCCUAUGAAAGAGCCAAGGCGCGUUUCUGGGCACGCUUCAUUGACGACAAGUGUUUUCCUGCGAUAUGGAAGGCUUACUGGAGCAAAGAUGAGCGAGAGAAGGCCGUGGAAGAAUUGAUUGAGCUUCUCAAGUUUCUGGAGAACGAGCUCGACGACAACUUCUUUGGAGGAGAAACUGUUGGGCUUGUGGACAUUGUGGGCAAUAUUAUAGCACAUUGGCUUCCAGCACUACACGAAGUUGCGGGUGUAGAGAUACUGACAGAAGAGAAAUUUCCUAAGCUUUGUCGAUGGAGCCAUGAGUUUGUGAAUCACAGUGUUGUUAAGGAAGUUCUGCCUUCCAGGGAAAAACUGAUUGCUUUCUUAAGGGAUCGUUUGGAAAGCAGAUCUUCCUAAUAAGUUGGUCUAUAAUAUAUGGUAAUGGUACGAGAGAUGUACCUUUAAGAGUUCUUUUUAUCCUUUCUUGAAGAUGUUUGUUUGUGAUGUCACAAUAAAGCAUAGGCCUUGUGUAAUCUUUUGUUAUAAUGCCUCUUAGAUGCAAUAUAUAGUGUUGACGGCUGAAUUUCACCAAUAGAAAUACGCCGGAUUACCCGCUGGUAUCCCGUUGGGUUACCGGCUGGAAAUUAACGGUAUAUUUGAAAUCAAAUUGUGAAGUAUUUGUUGUGUUUUGUAAGCAUGAGUAUAACACUUGAAUGGGAGGACACAUGAG